AUGUUACAAAAAUUUGAACAUCAAAUUGGAGGUCAUGAUAAAUUAUUAUUAACAAAUGAUGAAGCAGUAAUUGUUAAACCUUGUAAUACACUCGAAAAAGAAUUUUACGAAACCAGUGUAUUAUAUCCAGAAUUUUCUAUGUGGAUUUUACAAUUACAAGAUGCUAACCACAAUAACAAUUCAUUAAUAAAUCUAGUUGAUGAUAUUAGCGAUAAUAAUAAUGAUAACGGCGAUGGUAUUAGGGUAGUUGAUCCUUUGAUAAUUAGACAAGAAAUCGAAAAACAAAGGAAUAUUUUAUAUGGUUUUAAAAAACCUUGUUUCAUAGAUCUUAAGCUAGGUACUCAACUAUGGGGUGAAGAUUCUAGCGAAGAAAAAAAGCAAAAAAUGAUUAAAAGAGCUUUAAUGACUACAUCAGCUUCAUUAGGAAUAAAAAUUACAGCAUUUAAGGUUUAUCAAAAAUCUAUUGAUAAUUAUAAAGAUUAUUCACGUGAAUAUGGGUAUAUUUUAAAAAAUGAAAAUGGCAUAAUAUUAGGAUUAAGGGAUUAUUUUAGAGCAGAAAUAUCAAAGGAUAAACAAAGUUUGAUUAUUAAAACAAUAAUUAGAGAUCUUAAAGAACUUUAUAAAGCACUAGAAAAUACAGAAUUGAGAUUGUAUGGUGCAUCAUUAUUUUUGGUAUAUGAAGGUGUGACCCUGAUGCUUUAG